AUGGGUGAGGCGUACGCCUCAUCCAAAUGGUUUUCCUUAUACCCACUUACCCUUCCAAAGACCCACUUGCUCGGUACCGCUAGGCUUGCAGGUGCCGCACUUGUUUCUCCAGGUUCUAACUACUGGUGGCCUAGUUUCCCAAAAAACUUAUCUAUUGAUGCUUACAGAAGCCGACUUGCACAAGACCAGUGGGCAAUUCGUGUUGCUCAUUAUGCACCCUCGUUAACUUAUUGGUGGAACACGCAGAAAUGGUUUCCUCCAUUGAGCGUGAUAGCUGGUAGCACCAACAUCUUGUCAGACAAAGACAAAGAGCUUUUACCCAAGAUAUUGGCUAGAAAGCAGUACCAGGCACAGGUCAGGCAACAAGGAGAGUUCUACUCUCUCCACCGCGACUUGAUAGUCGCUUACUGCAGUUGGGAAUUUGACCCUAUGGAUCUUAAGAACCCCUUUCCAGAUAGUAAAGGCUCAGUCCACCUAUGGCAUGGUGCCCAGGAUCAAGCUGUGAAUGUAUCUCUUUCUCGCUACAUCAGCCAAAAGCUUCCAUGGGUUCAGUACCAUGAGGUCCCAGAUGGAGGUCAUUUUUUCCCACAUGCUGAUGGAAUGAGUGAUACAAUAGUGAAGGCGCUGGUGCUUGGAGAUCAAUAAUAUAGCCUGCUGUACAAGUUUUGAACUCCUUAUUCAGGUGCAUAUUUACUUGACUUUGAUUUCCACCUUAGAAUUUCGAGUAUGUGAGCAAAUUUUUUUAAGUCUUUUGAUUUGAUGAUAUCAUUUUCUCUUGCUGUGAGGUAUUAGUAUUGAUUGUAGUUCUGUUUUUUGUGACGAUAUUAUCUUAUGAAGCCAUGAUUUAUGUAAUGGUUUGGGUCUUUUUAGUUGCCAUUUGAUUCAAAAUCUAGAUUUGGUUGAAUUUGAUUUCUA